CAAUAUAGCAGCAUUGCUGUGAAGAUCGGGACAGUGCAACAGUUUUAAGCGCGGUUGAAGUUUUUUUUUGGGCGAGCAUAAGCCCAUGACCGGUUCCGUUUUGUGGUUCCAACAGUGCAUUCAUUGAGCCGUGGGUCAACGAGAGAAAGUGAAAGUUUUUUGGUGGAUUAGCCCUAGCAGUGCAUGUGCAUGAUAGAUGAUAGAUGAAUCAGAAAUUCAAAUUCACUGAAGAAUAUGUGAAUCAGAUUGGCGAAGCGAGAACGUAAACAUCGCUGUGAUUUUCGACGGCUUAUCCGUGCUUCUAAGUCCACUAGUAGCACGUUGAUAAGAUGCGGCGGGAGCAGAUUCAAGCGUUCGUCAAGGAGAAUCUGCUGACGUUUUUGACUAUUGGCGGAGUCAUCGUUGGAAUAGUGCUUGGUAUUGGCCUCAGGGAAGUUCCAGCGGAAGGUGAAAAAUGGAGUCCUCGCGAUGUAUCGUACAUCAACUUCAUCGGAGAUAUCUUCCUGCGUAUGCUGAAAGCGUUGAUCCUACCUCUGAUUGUAACGUCUCUCAUCGCUGCCGUCGGUUCCCUCGAUUUGUCACUUUCGGGGAAGAUCGGAGGUCGAGCUGUCCUGUACUACGUGAUAACAACGGUAAUGGCGGUAAUUUUAGGUAUUAUCCUAGUUGUAACCAUUCAACCCGGCAAAGGAGCCGAAGAAACCAGCGGCUCAGAAAAGGGUGAAGUACGAAACGUUACAACGGCUGACACGCUGCUGGAUUUGGUACGGAACAUGUUUCCACCGAACCUGGUUCAAGCCUGUCUACAGCAGUACCAAACUGUUCUGACGCCCCCGAAAAGUAACCCGGCAGAAAGCGAUCUGCUUCUCUGGUCCGUUGGUGGAAAAUUCGUCGAUGGGAUGAACAUAAUCGGGUUGGUGGUAGCAUCUAUUGUGUUCGGCAUAGCACUUGGAGCGCUGAAGGAUGAUGUCCAGCUAGUGCUGAAAUUCUUUCAACAGCUGUCGCACACGAUCAUGAAAGUAACCGGAUGGGUUAUUUGGCUGUCCCCCAUCGGUGUACUGUUUCUGAUUACCGCGAAACUGUUGGAGAUGGACGACCUCGGGGAGAUUUUCGGUAAACUGGGACUAUACUUUGCCGUAGUUGCUGGUGGAAUUGUAUUUCACGGGUUCGUCAUCUUGCCGACGAUAUUUUUCCUGUUCACCCGUAAAAACCCAGUCAAAUUUGUGGCAAACAUGGGCCAAGCGAUUGCCACCGCUUUCGGGACCUCAUCCAGUUCGGCGACUCUGCCAGUGACAAUGCAGUGCCUAGAGGACAAAAACCACAUCGAUCCACGGGUGUCGCGAUUUGUGCUACCCAUUGGAGCCACCAUCAAUAUGGAUGGAACUGCGCUGUACGAAGCCGUGGCAGCCAUUUUUAUUGCUCAACUCAGAGGACUUUCCCUCACUUUUGGAAACAUCGUAGCUAUUAGCAUAACGGCAACGGCAGCCAGUAUAGGCGCAGCAGGAAUUCCUCAAGCCGGAUUAGUCACCUUGGUGAUGGUAUUGGAUACAGUUGGGCUGCCAGCCGAGGAUGUAUCCCUUAUCAUUGCUGUGGAUUGGUUGUUGGAUCGUUUCCGAACCGUUGUGAACGUAUUGGGAGACAGUUUUGGAGCGGCUAUCGUCGCUCACUACAGCCAAAAGGAACUGGCAACAAUUCCUUCCAGCAGUGAGAUUAACGGCAAACCUCAACGCAACUCAAUGGCGCACAGUGCCGAGACAGUGCUGUUCGAAGAAAGGCUUUAAAGCGAUAUUACAUCAAUCAUUGAUGUUGAUGUUUAUACACGUAAGCGACUUCAACUGAAAGGCAAACUCGAGCUUAUGGUAAAAUAAAAGGCAACCAUGUCAUACUUAACCCAAGUAACACACAUGUCUUUAAUGAGUUUAUUUAAUUUCUAUAUGACCAGAUUAAGUCAUAUGAAAUUCACUUCAACUCAAGUAGGAUAUGUGCACUACUGGAGAAUGAAUUACAUCAGGAAACGCAUCCACAGAGAGCUAUUAGAUAAUAUAACCUGUUCCGUUGAACGCCUACGUUAACAUUGUAUUAACAUGUGUAAUUGAAGUUUUUUAGGAUAAGCUAAAUGUAUUUUUAAAACUAUAAAAAAACAAUCCUCAAUUAUAA